GUUGUCGAGUUUUUGUUAUGACAAGUCGAGGCCUCGGUGUAAAUUUGUCCUAGUCCCCCCCUUCUCCCCUCUCCCGUGUGUGUGUGUGUAUCUGCCAGAUCGAAUCCCGUCUCAUGGAGGGCAUGGACCUGGACCUGGACCUGGAUCAGGAGCUCAUGCAGAAAUUCAGCUGCAUGGGCACAACGGACAAGGAUAUCUUAAUAUCGGACUUCCAGAGGCUGCUCGGUUUUCAGUUGAACCCGGCCGGAUGCGCCUUCUUUCUGGACAUGACGAACUGGAAUUUACAGGCAGCCAUUGGAGCUUACUACGACUUUGAAAGUCCCAACAUCAGUGCACCAUGCAUGUCUUUUGUAAAAGACGUCACAAUCGGUGAGGGUGAGUCCGUUCCGCCUGACACGACGUUCACAAAGACCUGGAGGAUACAGAACACGGGCGCAGAGUCGUGGCCUCCUGGCGUUUCUCUGAAGUACGUGGGGGGAGAUCAGUUUGGUCAUGUGAACAUGGUGAUGGUGCGCGCUUUAGAUCCUCAGGAAAUGGCUGAUGUCAGUGUGCAGAUGCACAGCCCUGUGGCUCCAGGCAUGUACCAGGGCCAGUGGAGAAUGUGCACAGCUACAGGACUUUUCUAUGGAGAUGUCAUUUGGGUGAUCCUGAGCGUGGAGGUGGGAGGCCUGCUCGGCGUCACGCAGCAGCUUUCGUCUUUCCAAGCCGAGUUCAACACGCAGCCUCAUCGGAGCCUGGAAGGAGACUACAACCCCUUCGCGUCACCAGCGAAGAGCAAGUGCCCAAACAGCAACAACAACCACUUCCACAGUGACAGCAGCGACACAGUCCCAGAGGGAAGCCCACACCAGCUGCAGCAAGACCAGAACGGACUUUCCCACAGCUCUGUGGAUAUUGUAGCUAACCGUCUUCAAGACAGUCUAGCACUAGUCUCGUGUAACCAGAUACAGGAGACUUCACCUUUUGGGAACUCUUAAUCUUGGGACUUGUCAGUGUUUAGGCAGCAUUAAAUCGUACCUCUGGAAUCUGUCACCCCACUACGACAAAAAAAAAAA